AUGGACUCUUCACCAAGUAAGGCUAAUGCUCAACCUGCCUUGCCAGCUCUGGCAGGUACAAAACGUCCAGCACCAACCUUACUUCCACCCUUCGAGCCACUUCCUUCUUCCUCUCCAAGUCUGCCAGGACGUAACAACAAGAGAGUUCGUACGUCACCAUCUGCAUUCGAAUCAGCUUACACUAAGUAUCCAACACCAAUUCCUACCUCCGCAACUGGUAUUCUUUCAUCCUCCCCUCCUCCAGGGGUACACGCUCGAGCCGGUCUCCAUCGAAGUCGAUCCUCUGUUGAGAGGGCUCCCCUUUCAGCUGUGCCAACAAUCACCCUACCUGAAGAUGGAGAUUCUCUUCUCAUGGGUAGAUCAAGCAAUUCCUCCCACUAUCAAUUGUCCGCCAAUCGUCUCAUCUCUCGUGUCCAUAUCAAAGCUAGAUAUAUUGCUGCUACGGUUCCUCUUGAGUCGAAUAAGAUUGAGAUUAUCUGUUGUGGAUGGAACGGAGUAAAGUUACAUUGUCAAGGUCGAACAUGGGAGUUGGCAAAGGGAGAUAGUUUCACCUCGGAAACUGAAAACGCUGAAAUUAUGUUGGAUGUUCAGGAUGCACGGGUUCUGGUUGCUUGGCCACAAGGUGAUAAUCUUGACUCCGCUGCUCCAACAGAGGUUCCUUCGUGGAGUGAAGAUAGUUCUCCUAGGGGUAAAGUUACUGCCGUUACUGCUCAGGGUGACAUUAUUCAUUCAAGUCCAAUCCGUCGUGUUGAACAUCAUUCGUCACCAGUAUCACCAACACCUGCUCGCCAAACCCUUUCCUCUGCCAAUCUAGCCAACCUCUUUGCUGAUGAUGCAGAAAAGACCUUUAUCCAAGUAUAUGAAGACAAAUCAGAGCCAGCUCCAGCAAUUGAGCCUAAAGAUCCUGAGCCAGUAUACUCACCAACAGUCGCUGCAACAUCAUUCAGUGCAUCAUUCCCAGCUAGUCAAGAGAGUGAGUUGAGUGAGCCAGAUGAAGACCCUGAUGAAGAAAAUGAUCCCAUUGUUCACUCCUUCGGUCCAUUUGGUGCAAAUUUAUCCUCGAGAAUGGCAAAGUUCACAGCUGGACAUGCCCCAGAAGGUCGUGGUCGUGAUGGGCACAAAUCUAAGACAUCUAUUGAAAAGCGAUCGAGCUCUACAUCCACUGAUGAAGGUGCUAUCACUCCUGUCAUUAACCAUGUAGCCAAUCAACUCGCCUAUUCUCGUCUUCAAUCCAUGCCAUUGUCAACUAUCCUCAGAAACCUUCCAUCCAAUCUCAGAGGUAUUAGUCCUUCAAAGAAGGAGAACAAGGGCCUCACAAAGGACGAUCUUCGCAAGAUGCUGAACAGAACAUCAUUCAUCGGCGAGAUCCAUCGAGAGGGCAAGGACGCUGCGGGAAAGCCACUUGAGAGUGAAUAUUACUAUAUCCCAGACGAAGAUACCGAUCAGUCAAGAAAGGAGACAGUCCAAGAAGGAUUAAGGAAACCUAGUCUGAGAAACUGUAGAAAGCAGCACAAGCAAUAUUAUUGGAAGCGUCCAAGAACUCCAUAG